AAGCAAUGGCUCUCGGUUGACCGUCGUCUUGACUCUUCCCCUUGCUGAUUGAGGAGCACAAAGCAUGAUGUUUCCUCGGUCGAUCCGAUUUGAGCGUCAUAAGCCAUUGAACAACCGAGGUGAGGACGAUCCUCUCAACUUCUGUGACGUUGUCGAUCAUGGCUUCCCCUCACUUGAGAUCCAUGCAACCGAUAUUCUCGGCUCUGAAUAAAUGAUAAAUCAUGAAGGGGAGGGGUGGUGCGUUAGUAUGGCUGUUCCUGCUGGGGAAGCCCGAGGAACUCCCUGGGAAUGUUGGCCUACAUAACUUAACAACCCUCUUUGCUGUCUAUAGCUCUGUCAUUCCAAGUCUUUCAGGAAUUCUAUGCUUUCUUGCUAUCGCCCGGCUGUGCCUUCAAAUCUAUUACAACUUGCUCAGGCAAGAUGCCCUCUUCGGUGGCAAGGAUUCACAAACGCCAUUCAUAUGGCAAAGAUGCUCACAGCUACUACCCGGUUCUCGUGAUUGGUGCAGGGGUGUCUGGCAUUGCUACAGGAUGUCGACUCAAGGAAGCUUUGGGUUUUGAUCAAUUCAGAAUCUUUGAAAGGCAAUCGGGCAUCGGAGGCACUUGGUGGAUCAACCGCUACCCAGGAGCCGCAUGCGAUGUGCCCGCGCUGUUGUACUCUUUCUCAUUUGCUCCAAAGAAAGACUGGACUACCCUACACCCCCCGGACCGGAGAUUGUUCAUCGACAAGAUUCAACUCAACACUGCUGUCAAAGAACUGCGAUGGUUAGAGGAUGCGGAAGAGUGGCAAGUCACAUUAUUGCAUCUUGUUCCUGGUACCGGAGACUUAUCCGAAGGGGAAAGAAAUGCGCGAAUAUCCAAGGAAGGCGAGCGCAGUGUCUAUGUCAAAACAGAGAUUGUGCGAGCAAAGAUUGUUGUCAGCGGUGUGGGUGUGCUUGUCGAGCCUAAAAAAUGGCCUGCAAGUGUACCCGGGAUUGAGACGUUCGAAGGCGAGGUUGUUCAUACAGCUCGAUGGAAGAGCGACCUUGAUCUGUCCGGGAAAGAUGUUGUCAUCAUUGGCUCUGGCUGCAGUGCAACCCAGGUAGUCCCUGAGCUGACGAAACCCGAGUCCAAGGUCAAGUCAAUCACACAGCUCAUGAGGUCGCCUGCCUGGUUCAUGCCCGACUUACUGACGCCGAAGUCGCUCAAGAAGUGGGAGAAAUGCACGCCGCCAUUGUUCAAAAACGUUCCUGGCCUUGCUUUCGGUGCAAGGGCCCUGCUGUUCUUCUUCUUGGAGUGGGAUUUUCUCAAAGUCUUCAAGGACAAUGAGUAUUCCCGUCGGAAUCGUUCCAGGUUAGAGAGGAAAUUCCUAGAGCACAUGCGAGCGACUGCUCCGGAAAAGUAUCACGACAUACUCACUCCCAACUACAGCCUGGGCUGUAAGCGACGAAUUGUCGAGUCCAACUAUUAUGCCAGCAUUCAUGCGCCCAAUUUUGAACUGACGACGAAGCCCUUGGUAGGCGUCCAAGCCAGAAGCGUGACACUAGGCCCUGGUCGGCAUUAUCCGCCGGAAAGUAAGGAGUCAACAGAUGGGGUGAGACAGAUACCGGCAGAUGUCAUUAUUCUGGCCAACGGAUACGAGACCAAUAAAUUCCUUCAUCCUCUCCCGGUUUUCGGUCGGCGCGGGAAAACCCUUGACGAGAUUUGGGAGGAGCGUGGAGGAGCACAGGCUUACCUGGGCAUUGCCAUGGACCAUAUGCCGAAUCUCUUCCUUUCGUUUGGCCCGAACACAGCCACCGGCCAUACCAGCGUCAUUUUCGCGGUCGAGAAUGCCAUCAAUUACUCUCUGAACUUCAUCAAACCCAUUCUUGAGGGACGUGUCAGUUGUUUCGAGGUGAAAGAGAAUGCUGAGCGAGACUGGACGGACAAAGUACAGAGAAGUCUUCAGGGCACCGUCUUUCGACGCGGAACUUGCACAAGCUGGUACCAGACUGAUGAAGGUUGGAACUCGUCCACCUAUCCAUUUACUCAGAUUGACUACUAUCUCAGAUGCACCUUUCCUAUGUGGCACCACUGGACAGCCAAGUAUACACGCAAGGGACUCAUGCUUCAGAGGAUGAAGACCGUGCUGAGGAUAUUUGCACUCGUGGCACUCAUUUCCAGUCUGUGCUGGCUCAAGAUGCAUCCCAAAGAUACUCAACGGCUGGUCAAAUUGUUUAGUGGAGCCCGAACUACAAUAGUCUCAGCUAUCCGAGAUGGUUUGCUCCGCGCUCAUCGAAUGCUUUCGUGAUUGAGUUUGGCAUUAGAAAUGAUCUAUCGCAGCUAGCGCUUGCUGAUUCGUGAAUUGCAAAUAU